CAAGAGUCUGCGUCUCUGGGUGCGUGUGCGUGUGUGUGCGUGUGUGCCUCUGUUCAUUUCUCUCAACUGUUCGUUUGUCUCACAAGCAGACAACGACUGUCCAUCUCUCCCCCCCCCCCACACACCUCCAAACCAACCACACACAGAUACAACCUUCCUGAUCGCAUCGUGCUCGUUGCCGAGACUCAUCGACAACAGCAGCAGCAUAGCAAGAUGCGUGUGACGACUGUGUUGACCGUCACGCUCGUGGCGCUUGUGGCGUCAGUGUCUGGUCAGGCCACCAUCUGUACCGACACCUGUCGCACAUCCAACAACGGCAUCUGCGAGGAUGGCGAGCAGCCCAUUAUGGGCGCCGGUAACUUUCUCGCAAACGCCCAGAACCUCUGUGAAUUUGGUACCGAUUGCUCCGACUGCGGCCCCCGAACUGAGGCUGACCGUAACCUGAACCUCAAGGCCCCACUCAAGGGACAGCGUGGUGACCCAGGUGACAUGGGUGACAACGGCAUCCAGGGUCCAAAGGGUGACAAGGGUCGUCAGGGAACCCCGGGCUUUGAUGGCACCAACGGCGACAAGGGCGAGAAGGGCGUCCGCGGCCCCUCUGGCGAGGACGGUCUGCCCGGCCCCCGUGGCUUCCCUGGUCGCGAUGGUGACAAGGGCGAGCGCGGUGACACUGGUCGCCAGGGUGAUCCUGGUGUCGAUGGUGUUCCCGGACGCAAGGGUCAACGCGGCCCGCAGGGUGCCAGCGGCGACAACGGUACCCCUGGCAACGACGGAACCAACGGACGGAAAGGUCAACGUGGUGCUCCUGGUCCAGAUGGAACGCCGGGUACUGAUGGUGCCCCUGGCGUCGAUGGAGUCGAUGGUAACCCCGGCCCGCAAGGCCCCAGGGGUGAAGACGGGCUCCCAGGCGCUGUGGGUGACCCAGGUACCGAUGGCUUCGAUGGAACAGAUGGCGUCCGCGGCGAUCGCGGUGACAAGGGUUUCCGCGGCGCAACCGGUGCUCAGGGCGCGCGCGGCGAGGACGGCCUCAACGGCGACGCUGGUGACCCAGGCUUUGACGGCACGGACGGUGUCAACGGCCCACGCGGUCCUCGUGGCCCCGUCGGUCUCCCAGGCAAGUCUUUUUUGAAGUCUUGCGCUAGCAUGAAGGGUAACCAGGGCGAGGAUGGUCUGCAAGGCAUUGCAGGCACUGACGGCUUUGAUGGGACUGAUGGCCCUCGUGGUGACCCGGGUCUCCCUGGUGAGCCUGGUGCUCGGGGUUCCCGUGGUCCCUCCGGUACCCCUGGUACCCCUGGUAGCAAGGGCCAGCCCGGCCCACGCGGCCCCGACGGUGUGAACGGUGCUGACGGUGCUGACGGCGCCGAUGGCCCCAAAGGCUACAAGGGUCAACAGGGUAACUCUGGUACCCCUGGUGAAGAUGGCCUCGAUGGUCGCAAGGGCCAGCGUGGCCGUGACGGUGAAGGAGGUCUGCAGGGUGACCGCGGUGCUCCUGGCAACCCUGGCCCAACUGGCCUCAAGGGUAACGUCGGCCCCAUGGGUCUGCCUGGUCCGGCCGGCGGCGAGUGCGUGUACGGCGCAUCCGAUAUCGCCUUCAUUCUCGACUCGUCUGGUUCCAUCCUCCCCGAGGACUACAGCCUGCUGAAGCAGUUUGCCGAGAACGUCGUUGACGAGCUUGUCAUCUCCGAGUCUGAGUCGCGCAUUGCCGUCGAGAUUUUCUCGGACGUGCAGGAGGUCUCCCUCCAGUUCAGCUAUGACAAGCCCACCAUUGUCGACACCAUCCGCAACCUGCGCCACAUCCAGCGCGGUACUGCUACCGGUGCUGCGCUCGAGCUCGCGCGCCGCGACAUCUUCAGCAGCUCCGACCCCAACUACCGCAACCUCGCCGUCCCCGCCAUUGCCGUCGUCAUCACAGACGGUCAGUCGCAGGAGGAGCCCGCGUUUGUUGCAGAGCAGGCCCUCCGCCUGCGCGAGCUUGGCGUCACUGUCCUUGCCCUCGGCAUUGGCGACGGCACCGACCCCGACGAGCUCCUGGCCAUUGCUGGCUCUGCAGACCGCGUCGAGCAAGUCGAGCAGUUCGGCGACCUCGUGCAAGAGUUUGUCCGCGCCUUCCUCCAAGGCAUCUUCUGCGCUGAUUCGCCCGACAAGGGCGCUCGCGGCCGCACUGGUGACCCCGGUGUUCCUGGCACGGACGGAGCUCGUGGUCCUCAGGGUCCUGCUGGCCGCGCUGGUGAGGACGGUUUGAACGGUACACCCGGACGCGAUGGCGAGCAAGGCCUCAAGGGCGACCCAGGGUUUGACGGCACAGACGGUGUUGACGGCCGCCCUGGCCCUCGUGGUGCCACUGGUGCACGUGGUUCCCGCGGUGAGACUGGCUCCCCUGGUGAAGAUGGUCUGGACGGGCGCAAGGGUCAGCGAGGUCCCAGCGGCACGCCAGGUUCUGACGGGACACCAGGAGCUGACGGGACACCAGGCGUCACUGGCGACAAGGGCGUUCGCGGUCCCAGCGGACCUCAAGGUCCUGCUGGUAGGGAUGGUGCCGAUGGUGCUCCCGGCCGCGACGGUGAAGACGGCUUGCCCGGACGCAAGGGCCAGCGCGGCCCCGCUGGCCUCAAGGGCGAGCAAGGCGACGUUGGUCCGGCCGGUCCUCAGGGUCCUUCUGGCGGCGCAGAGUGCGUUGGCCGUGCUAUUGACGUGUUCUACCUCAUUGACGGCUCCGGCUCCAUUGUGUCCUCGGACUUUGAGCGCGAGCGCACCUUCCUCAGCGACCUGACGGACGCCCUCUUUGCCUUCCCCGGCAACGACGUGCGCAUCAGCAUUGCCGAGUACUCCACCACUUACACGCAGGUCCUCGUCCCAUACACGGCUGACGAGACAACCGCGCAGAACACCAUCUCCAACGUUGUGCAGUCUGGCGGCGCUACAGCUACGGGCACGGCGCUUGGCCUUGCCGCAGAUGACAUUGGUGCAAACGCCCGCCCCGACGCCGCGCGCGUGCUUGUGCUCCUGACUGACGGUGCCACCUCAGAUGGCGAUCAGCAGAACAUUGACCCAUCCGUGUCCGACCUCAACAGCAUUGGCGUGUCCAUCACCGCCAUUGGCAUUGGCGACAACGCUGACGAGACUGAGCUGCUGCAAAUUGCCGGCGACCCCACCCGCGUCUUCAACAACAUUGCCUUUGUCGACCUCGGCGACUUUAUCGACGAGAUUAUCGGCUCUGUCCUCGACUGCGUCGGCUAUGACGGUGUGGACGGUGCCAAGGGUGAGCGUGGCGAUGCUGGCACCCCGGGUCCUCGUGGUCCAAAGGGCUUUGCUGGCAACGACGGUAUUGAUGGUGCUCCUGGUGACAAGGGCUUCCAGGGUACUCCAGGUACCCCUGGUCGCGAUGGUGAGGAUGGUCUUGUUGGUCCUGCUGGCGAUCAAGGUCCUCGCGGUGCCCCAGGCGACACUGGCAACCCAGGUGCAAACGGUUCUGAUGGUGUGCCCGGCUCUGAUGGCCCCAGGGGAGCACCCGGUGAGCAAGGCUUGAAGGGCCUUCGCGGCGACCCUGGCUUUGAUGGUACAGAUGGCAUUGACGGCCGUAACGGCGCUAACGGUGCCCCUGGCCCUGACGGUGCACGCGGAUCCCAAGGCGAUCGCGGUGAUCGUGGUGCUUCGGGCACCCCUGGCGAGGACGGCCUUCGCGGUAUCAAGGGCUUUGCUGGCUUUGAUGGUACGGACGGCAUUGACGGCCGCGACGGAACCCCUGGGCCUCGUGGCGACCCUGGUGAUGUCGGCGCUCCAGGUCCUCAGGGCCCUGCUGGUCGCGACGAUAACACUGUCUACUUCAAGGGUCAGCAAGGCGAGGACGGCCUCCCUGGCGACGUCGGCCCAGCUGGCCCCAAGGGUGAGCGCGGCCCUGCAGGAAACACUGGUCCCCAGGGUCCACGCGGUCCUGACGGGCACCAGACGUGCAUGGGCUCCACAGACCUUGUUCUCAUUCAGGACAACUCUGGCUCCAUUUCCGAGGAGGACUUCCAACAGUCCAUUGCCUUCCUGCGCGACAUUGUGCAGACCCAGAUUGAUCUCGAGGGCACGGGCUCACGGGUUGCUGCCAUGACAUUCUGCGCCACGCAGACGCUCCUGACCACCUUCACCGGUGUCACGACGGACGCCCUGAACGCCCUCGACUCUGCAGUCAACACCGUGUCUUGCGGCACAGCCACGGGUGCGGCCCUCGACUUUGCCAUUGCCAACAUCCUCAACGACAACAGCAACCCGGGCGCGCGCCGCGUGGUGAUUGUGGUCACCGAUGGUGCUUCGCAGGAGGAUUCGUCGUUUGUGACUGCGGCCUCAGACCGCCUCCACGCUGAGGUUGACGAGGUGUUUGCCAUUGGCGUUGGUCCCGCAUCCAACCUUGCUGAGCUGCAAACCAUUGCCACCUCCAACGACAACGCCUUCAUUGAGACCGACUUCGACGCUCUUCGCGACCGCGAUCUGACGCAGCAGCUCUGCUCUGGCUAUGACGGCGUUGAUGGUACCCCUGGACAAGACGGUACCCCUGGUGAGCCUGGCCUCAAGGGCCUGCCUGGUGACGACGGCUUCGACGGUACAGAUGGUGUCCCCGGCCGCCGUGGCGCUGACGGGCCUCGUGGUCCCGAGGGCUUCAAGGGUGAGGCUGGUCUCGAUGGACGGCCAGGUAACCCAGGGCCUGAUGGCACCCCAGGAAACAAGGGUCGUCGUGGUGACUCAGGUCUGCCUGGCCGCGAUGGUAUUCCAGGCCCUCGUGGUGCUACUGGCGACAAGGGUUACAAGGGCUUCCGCGGACGCACAGGCAUCAAGGGUGCCAUUGGCGAGCGUGGUGAUCCUGGUAUCGGCGGGCCAAACGGUGACUCUGGUGAGAAGGGUUACAAGGGCGAGAAGGGCCCCACUGGUCCUCGCGGCACCCCCGGUACUCUGGGUGUGAACGGUCGCCCAGGCUUCAACGGGCUGGACGGCUCGGAUGGUCCUCGUGGUCGCGACGCCGACGAUGGUGCUCAAGGUGACAAGGGCUACAAGGGAAGCCGCACAGUCGGCCCCUCUGGCGACAAGGGCUACAAGGGCACACUCGGUUACAAAGGCAUGCAAGGUGACAAGGGUAUGCAGGGUGACCGCGGCAGCGCCGGCGACUGUGUUGACCGCGCUGAGCAAACCCGUCUUCUCGACAGCUGGAACGCGUGGCUGCAGACGUUUGACGACUACCGCCAGGCCGUGGCUGAGGUGUGCAACGGGACCGCUGACCGCACGGCUGAGCUCAAUGCCAAGCUCUCUGCGGUGCGCAUGAUUGUCUCGGAGAACUUCACGGACGUUUCCAACUACAUCACAUCCACGCGCGACUCCAAGCUGGCCCUGAUUGACGCCUACUCGCAGGCGCUCAACGACCGCGUGCAGGCCGACCGCGACAGCUACGUUGCCCGCUACGACGCGCUCCGCAGCGAGAUUCUCGACUACGUCUCUGUCAACCGCAUGGGCGACAAGGGCGUCAAGGGUGUCAAGGGCCAGACAGGCGCCCCAGGCAUCAAGGGUGAGGCUGGCGAGCCCGGUCUGCCUGGUCUGGACGGUACGGAUGGUGUCAAGGGCAUCAAGGGUGAGACCGGCAACCGCGGUGACAACGGCGCAACAGGCGAUCGCGGCGACAGCGGCAUCCCAGGCGACAAGGGUAUCAAGGGCCGCACUGGUGAGGACGGCCUGCGUGGCGAGCCCGGCUUUGACGGCACAGAUGGUCGCCGUGGCAUGCAGGGUGACAAGGGCUUCCGCGGCGCUGACGGUGCUGAUGGCAUUGAUGGCAGCCCAGGGCCACGUGGUGCACCUGGUGACAGCGGCGCUGAUGGGCGCCCUGGCGAAGACGGCCUCAACGGGACCCCUGGCGUGGAUGGUGGCCCUGGCGACCCUGGUGAUGCAGGUGCACGCGGACCAAAGGGUUUCCGCGGCGCUGACGGUACCCCAGGUACAGAUGGGACCCCUGGUGACAAGGGCCAGCGCGGUGACGCUGGUGAGACAGGCCUUCCCGGCCCCAGCGGCGAGUCUGGUGACAAGGGCUUCAAGGGCCAGCGCGGCGUUGACGGUUUGGACGGCACCGACGGUGCUCCUGGUGCCCCUGGUGCUCAGGGUGAGUCUGGGCUCAAGGGACAGCCAGGUGAUGCUGGCUUCCGCGGUGCACCUGGCAGCGAUGGUGUCCCUGGUGAGGACGGUGAGAAGGGCGAGCGCGGUCCACAAGGCCGUGCUGGUGAGGAUGGCCUGAUUGGUGCUCCUGGCGACGAUGGCUUUGAUGGUACCAACGGUGCUCGUGGCCCUGCUGGCCCUGCUGGAAACGACGGCAUCCCAGGGACUGACGGUGCUGACGGUGCGCGAGGCACGAAGGGAAUCCAGGGCGAAGAUGGGCUUCCUGGUGUCCCUGGUUUGACUGGAACAGACGGGCCUCGCGGCCCUGAUGGGUCGACUGGUGCAAAGGGUGACACUGGCGAGCCUGGCUUUGAUGGUGCCGAAGGAGUGAAGGGUCUCACUGGUGUUGCUGGUGAUAAGGGUGUGCUCGGGCCAAAGGGUUAUUCUGGUCCUAAGGGUGACCCAGGCCUUGAUGGUACAGACGGUGCAGAUGGUGCUGUUGGUGAUCCUGGCCCCUCUGGUAUUCCAGGACCGAGCGGAACCCCAGGCUCAGACGGCGUUGACGGGCCCAAGGGUCUGCGCGGCGAUGAUGGCGUGAACGGUACCCCAGGUAGCGAUGGUGCCCCAGGGCCUGUUGGUGACACUGGCCCGCAGGGUACUCGCGGUGACCCUGGCUUCUCUGGCCUCACAGGCACAGAUGGACCUCGCGGACCUGCAGGCCCCGACGGCAUUCCUGGUACCCCUGGUACUGACGGGACUGACGGUGCCAAGGGACAGCGCGGUGAGCGUGGCGACACUGGUCCUGUUGGUGCCCCCGGCUUUGACGGGACGGACGGAACCCCUGGCCGCGACGCCAGCAACGGUGCAAACGGCGAUACUGGCGACACAGGCCCUGCUGGACCCCAAGGCGUCAAGGGCCGCGACGGUGAGGUUGGCUUGGAAGGUCCUCGCGGUCGCCCUGGUACGGACGGUGCGAAGGGUGAGAAGGGCAUUGCUGGUACCCCAGGUGCCCCUGGCCCCCGUGGUCGCCCUGGUGAGGACGGUCUGGAUGGGCGCAAGGGUCGUCGUGGCGACACUGGCCCCGCAGGCAGCGACGGAAGCGACGGUGCAAACGGCGCGAACGGCGACAAGGGCCUCACAGGCCCUGAAGGCUUGAAGGGACGCCAAGGCGAGGACGGUAUCCCAGGUACCCCAGGCUUUGACGGCACGGAUGGUGCUGUUGGUGACCCAGGUAUCAACGGGCCCCGUGGCGAGAAGGGCGAGCGUGGCAUCGACGGGAUCGACGGAAACCCAGGCACGGAUGGAAACCCAGGUGCUGAUGGUGCUCCAGGGCCCGACGGCGCAAAGGGUGUCAAGGGUGUUGCUGGCGAUCGCGGUGACGAUGGUACGCCAGGUCCCCGUGGUGAGCGCGGUGACAUUGGCCCUGACGGCGCGGAUGGGACCCCAGGCGUUGAUGGUUCCAACGGUUCCCCUGGUCUCAAGGGUCAGCGCGGCUUCACUGGACUCGUUGGCGAGCCAGGCGACGACGGCCUUCCUGGCAGCGAUGGUGCCCCCGGCCCUGCUGGGCCAAAGGGAUUGCGAGGCACCGCGGGGCCUGCAGGACGCCAAGGCGAGAGCGGGCUUGAUGGCGACGUUGGCGAGCCUGGCCUUCCCGGAGAGCCUGGUGAGGACGGUGCUGACGGUGCGGAUGGUGAGGACGGAACCCCAGGUGCUCGUGGAGACAAGGGCUUCGCAGGUACCCCAGGCACAGAUGGUGAGCCCGGUGCUGAUGGUGCUGACGGUGCCCCCGGCCCACGAGGCAUCAAGGGUCGCGCAGGCAGCAACGCGCCUGAUGGUGCCCCUGGUGACCCAGGCUUCACAGGCACGGACGGUGCACAAGGCCCACGCGGUCCGGACGGCCCAGCAGGCCGCGAUGGACUUCAAGGUCUCAAGGGUGGCCGCGGUGACCCUGGCGAGGCUGGCCUCUUGGGCGCCCCAGGUGACGUUGGUCUGAAGGGUGCGCGCGGCCGUGACGGCGAGAAGGGUGUCAAGGGCUUCCGCGGACACCUUGGUGCUGAUGGCGACGAAGGCGAGCGCGGUCCAAUGGGCCCUAUGGGCGACACUGGCACAGACGGACGCCCUGGUACCCCUGGCUUGCCGGGUGCCCCUGGUGAUGACGGCCGUGACGGUACCAAGGGACGUCGCGGUGACAAGGGACAGGCUGGUGACGCGGCUGUUGGCGACAAGGGCCGCGCUGGUGCGCCUGGCGAUGACGGCAUCAAGGGCGUUGCCGGCCUCAAGGGGUCGGAGGGCGCCGAGGGUGCUUGCAUCUCCACCCCAGAGUGGGAGGCGUGGACAGCCUCGCUCACGUCCUGGAUCUCUGCCUGGAACGACUUCAUGAACGCUGGCGGCAUCACCCCGUGUGCCGACUACAACGACACUGCUGACGAGGUUGACAGCUUCAUUGACAGCAUGCUGUCGUGGUACCGCGAGCUGCUGGCUGAGCGCCUGGACAUGUACGAGCGUGCAUUUGACCAGCUCGACGUCGACAUUGAGACGGCGCGCCAGAACUGCGAGGAGGCGCACGACGAUCAGGACCUGCUCAUCUCAUCCCAGCUGGAUGACAUUGAGGCCCAGAUUGACGCCAUCUGCAACCCUUGAGCUGGCUGCUUGGUGGUGGUGAUGAUGCGACGGUGAUUUGCCGUGGCCAUGUACAGCCACAGCUGUGCUUAGGCUCAUUCAGCGGUUUACUGUCGUUUGUCCUCCCUCCCUCCUCUUCCCCCGUCUUUUCUGUUUACCUUUUCUUCUCCUCUUCCCCUCUUUCUUUGUCCUUGUCCCUUGUGAUGUGCUUCCUACCAGUUUUGCACGGCCUUCGAGCUACCGUGGUGCAGCACAAGACACACAUGUGCGUGCGAUUUCCAUUUGUCUUGCCAGCAGCACUGGCAGUUUGUCUUGUCUAGCUGGUGUUUUGAGGCGGUGUGUUGCUUGAAUUUGGGUGUCUCAUUGCUGCCGCUGCUUGAUGCUUGUGCGAUUGUUGUUUCUGUGUUUGUGCUUCCAUCUCUGUCAACCCUUUCUUCCUACCUCAACCAUACACA